CACCAAGCGAAGCAACACUCCGAAACUAAUAACUCGCCCGCCAUGACGACGCUCAAGAUCUUGUGGAAGGAGAAGCAGGACAUGCGCCGCGUACAGGUGUCGGCCGUGCACCAGGCCUUGUCAUCUCAGGACGGCCGCGUCGCCUCCGCCCGGAACGAGUUGAGCUUCCGUGACCUGCGUGAUUACGUGUUGUUAGUCUUCCCUGAGCUCAAGGACGCGGAGCUUCUACUCUACUACAUGGACGAUGACGACGAGCAAGUACGCAUCACGAACGACGCCGAACUAGACGAGGCCUUCCGUCUCAUGCGCGAGCUGGCCGUGGCCGCCGGCAAGGACGCCGAGAACGCCGUGUGCAAGAUUAUUGUAGUGGCCAGAGAACCGCUCCAGGCCUCGGCCAGCUUGGCUAUGGACGCCAGCAGCAGCUCCGUGGUCAACGUACUACCUGGCGAUGCCGAGGAGAUGCUGGCCAGCCAGCAAAAGAAGAAAAUGUCGGACUUAUUCGUGGAUCUCGGCAAAAUUGUGGAUAAAUGGGAGGCCAGUGCCGAGCACCAGACGCUCAAGAAGGACCUGGUGUCACUACUACACGAACCUGGCUGCCAGGAGGCGCUCAUGGAGAUCAUGGCCAACGCCAAGUUCGCCACGCUGUUCCAGACAGUGACCGAGGAGUUCCAGAAGAACGGCAACUUCGUGGAGUGUCUGGUGGCCGUGGCCGCUACUGGCGACUUGGAGGAAGUCGCCAAGAUCUUGCUGGCCAAGUGUCCCAACGCCCGUGUACAGGUGGAACGCGUUCUACAGCAAGUUCAGUACAGUCACAACGUCCAGCUCAUGUCGACUAGUGACUACUUUGAGACGAUUAACAUCGAAGAAACCAAGCAAGACUUGGGGCCCGUUGUGGCCGUGUUCGAAGGUGACGUCACAUGCCCGGAUGGCACAGUAUUGGCUCCUGGAGAGGCCUUUGAUAAAGUGUGGAAGCUCCGUAACGGAGGCCCCAACAAGUGGCCUAUCGGAGCUGUGCUCUCAUGCCCCUGA